AUGAGGGUUCAAUCAUGUUCAAUGGUUUUUUACUGUCCUUUUUGCAGUGGAUUCACGGUUCUGAUUCAUCCAGUUGGGGGCACGCAUCCGGAGAAUUCCAUGCAUCGGACCUUGGCACGGCGGCGGAAAGAUCUCUUGGAGGAUGGAGGUUCGGACACACAGAUCCAAAAGCUCAGCAUCAUCAACCUUUGGGAACUUCAGGGAGGCAAUCUGGAUCUUGUUACCACCACCUGGCUGGGUGGCAAGAUCCAAGAGAGGAAGCCCAUAGCCUUCGCCAUGCUUUGGAACUAUGAGCGUCAUGGCACGGAGCAUCAUGCCAUCGCUGCACUCGUCUUCGGGGAUAGCAACCGAAGGAUCAUCAUGCGGACACACGUGACUGGACACUGGCUGCCCAUCAUUGUUCAAGACUUGAUCCAAGACCGCAUGGUCUUGAAGAUUUGCGCCAGCUGGACCAAAGUUCACUCCGACAAGUUGGCACACUGUUUCGGCUUGGAGAUCCGGAACUUCACCGUCCUCGCCAGCAUGGCGGAAGCACGUGGAAUCGCUGCAGCUUCUUUGGAAGCCUUGACGGAUCAGUUUAAGCUGGAUCAGAGGAAGCUGCUGCCUCAGGAGGGUAUCGACUCAUCCGCAGACUGGGAAGCACAGGAGCUUCCAAGGGAUCAGCGGCAACAUGUGCAAGAGUUCCCGUCUUUGCUCUAUCAGCUCUGGGAACACUUGCACGUCAUCCCUAUCUUGGAGGAGCAGAUCUCAACAGGCAUCAUGGCGAUGAAGGAUGGGUGGGAAGCACAAGGAAUUCGCCGGCGUCACGACGGUCUCUACUGCGACCUAUGUGAAGCAGGGCCGGUGGGGAGCACCGAGCAGAUGGAAUCACAUGUCCAGGGCAAGAAGCAUCAGAAGAAGGCGAAGCCACCUGAACCGGUGGAGGCCAAGCUCUCCUUGAGCCCUGAAUUGCAACAGGAAGGCAUCGUCGUCUCUGACUUUUGCUCUUCCAAUCGCUUUGGACUCUACUUUUGCAGCAUUUGCUCCGUUGGCCCAUUUCAUGACCUCACGACUGUGGAGACGCACGUGGGUGGCCGUAAGCACAAAGAGGCUUCAAAGAAUACUCUGAGCCGGUCCCUUGGAGCGCUCGCACGGACUAGCAAGCCAGCCGCAAAGACUGAAGAUGUCAAGUGGCCCAGUGCAGCUGAUCUCCUGCGCAGCGCCUUUGAAGAAGCCUUCCCGCACUUCCCACGAGGUCGAAGUGAAAAGACGCAAGAAGCAGGCCGAGGGACUGAAGAUGGUGUAAGUGCUGCUGCGCUACUCCGCAGCGCCUUUGAGGAAGCCUUCCCCAACUUCCCGCGAAGAAGCACCUAA